UAUUAAUUCUAUAAAUAAUUUUCGUGUAUUUCUAUGGAAGGACAAAAAUAUCCUUAAUAAUUUAAAUCGAAAAGAUUAUGUCCAAAAGAAGAGUUAAACAACACUUGGUUAACAUCUAAACACAAAGUGUACAGGUAAAAAUGGAAACAUUUGACGAAGAUUCAUUAAACAAAUGUCUUAAUGAAAAAGUAAAUCAAAAGUCCGAGCACUUAGUUAAAUUUAAUGUUCCAUCUUCACGUGGCAAAAUCAGAAACUCGGCAGCAGACUGCGAGAAUUCAGAAAGUUUUUCACUUACUUCGAGUUUAGAGUUUUUAGAAAAAGAACUGAAUCUUGAUGCAGAUCGAUUGCAUUUCUCCCCUAAAACAAGAAAAUUAAAAGAAAACAACUUCGAAAUUUCGGAUAAUUCAAAAAUAUCGAAUUUAAUGAUGAUAAAAAAUAUUGGUUCGUGCCUUUUAAAUAACAAUUUAGAUGAUAAAACGAAUCAGAAGUUAUUACAAGAGCUGCUCCUAGUUUUAAAAAAAUUACUAUGCGAAGAAAACGAAAAGGGGGGAGUUAAACGAAAUAAACAUUUACCCGACUCAGAAAUCACUAAAAAAGAAAAGCAUUAUUCCAUGCCAUCAUCAAAUAAAGAUAUUAUUAUGGAAUUUAAUCCCAUAAAUGAAUAUACAUCAUCACUAAAGGAACAGGGAUGGAAUGAUUGCUCUUAUGACGAUAGUAUCAAUGUUAUACCAACCACUGAUACGUUACGUUCAUUUCAGAAUGUGAAUAAAAUUAAUGUAGAAAAACCCAACAUUUUCAAACGAAGAAAGCCAAAAUUGCCUCCAAAAGUACCUUUAGAAAGAAAAUAUAACGUAAACAAUUCUACAUCGUCAUCUGAAGAACAUUUACAAAAUACUGUUGAUGACAUUGUAAAAAGGAAAGAGGCAAUGUUUCAGAAAUCCUCAAAAUUAUCCGUCUUGCCUCUGUCGAAACACUCCACGCCAUUUUAUCGCAUAGGAGAAAAUAUUCUGAAAAUUAGUAACGAAACGGUUCCUUCAAUUUAUGGAACUAAAAGCAAAAACAUACCAUCUGUAACCAUAAAGAUUGAACCAGCUGAUUCAGAAAAAUGCCAACAAUCUACAAAAUUCGAAGUUAGUCAAAUUUCUCCAGAAGAGAAAGCUUUAAAUUUAGUUUCUUCUUCCAUUAAAGACUUAUUGAAACCCGUAUCCAGGAAAGAUACUAAUAUAGUUCUGAUGCCUUCUCCGAAUGAUGAAUCUGCACAAGACACUGAAAUCUUUCCUGUAACUGCUGGAAGGCAAUCGAGCGUAAUUUUCCCAAUCGAUAAAAUUCUCGAUUUAUCUAAAAAUAGAAAGAAACCCACUGUCGUUGCUAUACCAGCAACAGAAGUCCAACAAAAUCAACAAAUUUUAGAUAAUGAUACGACAGUUUUAAUAGCUCCUCCACCAAAAGAAUUUCAACGUUUAACCAUCGAAGAUCCAACGCAAAAGAAAUGGAGUAAAAUUGCUGAAAAAAUCGCCGAAUCUUUAUCUCCAUCCGAACAGCCAAUGGUUAUUAUAUUGCCUCCAGAUGCAAAAUAUCUCGACGAAGAAUCAGAUGAUAAUUGCACAAACUUACAAUCUCUCAUUUUCAUGUCACCUUCGUUAGAAAUGAUUCAACCAGGAGAAACCAUAGAUGAAUUUUCAUACAAUCAUAGAAUUAGUGAAAUUCCAACGGUAGUAGUGGUUCCUUCAAAAUCUCAACAUACUUUCGUUAAAAUCGACACAGAAAAGAUUAAAGUUCCUAUGAUACAGAAAAAUCCAUUCGAUGCUGUAACUUUUACAGAUUACAUAUCUCAGAAAUCUGAAGAGUUUUCUGUUGGAACGAAGCAUUACAAAGAUGACAGAUCUCAGAAAUCUCAAAGAUUUUCUGUUGGAACGAAGCAUCAUAAGGAUCACAGAUCUCAGAAAUCUCAAGAACAUCCUGUAAGCGAUGAUGAAAGGUCUAAAAAACAAUCAGAAAUGAAGGAGGAAACUGAAAAUGUUUCUAUAAUCACACCAACUGCAGAAGAAAAUCCCGGAAAUCCACUUUCAGCUUCAAUGAAGUUCGAUUCUACCGGUUUACCUCCCUUAAAAAUAGAAAUUGGGCGAAAAUUAAAAGCAAAAAAGAGAGUAGAAAUGCCGGUAAAUUUUAAGGAAAAUACGACCUACGGGGAAAAAAUGACCGAGUUGUACAAAUGGCAAAUGGCUUUAGCAGUAAUAGAAGAGGGUAUUGAAGAAUCAUUCGUUGAUUGUCUUAUGGUUGGAUUGAAUCAGUUAAAAGACAAGAAACAUAAAUUAGUGGAAAGAAGAGUUAUAAAAAACUGAAAUUAUCUUUAAUUAUUAAAAUUUUAAAUAUAUAACUAAGGGAUAUUAGGCUGUAUUGUCUAAUCUACAGUAGUUAGAUGAGUUGUACAAGUUG